AUGCGGACUAAAUACAUGCUCUCGGAGCUGGACAACAUUGAGGCUAGCCUACCCGUGCAGUAUCCCGACCAGAUUCCCGACUGCUGCGCCCCGCGCAGCGGAGCGGCCUCUCCCGUCCCGGACCCCGACAUGGCGCGGGAGAGCAUGCAGGACGUGUUCACGCGGUCGCUGACGGCGAACCUGAUCAUCACGGACCCGAUGACGGCUAUGCUGCGGAUGGGCCUGGCGCCCGUCGAGUACGGCGCCGACAUCAAGGCGAGGUCGGUGGCUGUGACGGAGGCAUUUGACCCCAUUUCCGAGUUUUGA